UUAUAACCUUGGGGAAUAUAGAAUUAACAGCUAAAUCAAUCUGCAGCUGGUUGUGUAAUGUUACUUCGCUAGGCAAUUGCGCCGGCAACCGGCGAGUGUCCCAACGUUAGGUCGUUUUUAAUGAAUAUUUCGUGAUAAUUUGAUCUCUAGUGGACACGUUAAUUUUGUAUCGGAAAUAAAUACGAAUUUAAUUUUUAAUAAAGGAGUGAUUUUUGUAGUAUAUAAUCUUUGAGUGCCUCUUACAUAAUGCCUUUCCAACUCCUCUGUCAAGGAACUUUAUUCUUUUCCGCUUCUAUGCCGCUGAAACUAUUUGAAGCUUUUUUUCAUAUUUGGUUUUUUGGUAGGUGAAUAUUUCCCCCGUUUAAUGAUGGUUUUCUCUAUUUGGAAGUUCCCACCAUUCACCGAGAAAUCUGGCUUAACGAUCCUGGAAGUCUUGCCCGAUAGCCAAAAAAACGGAUCAUAAAAAAAAACCAUUACACCGUUUGUUUGAUUGGUUAGUUUACGUCACUAUCGACUUCCGCAUCUAUUUCGUGUUUUAAUGUAAACAAUUCGAUACAUUGUUUCCCAUCAGAUCGCGAGUACAUGUUUCGAUCAAUUAUUCACUCGGUGGGUCGCGUUUCAAAGCAUAACGGUAAUUUACCUCCGUGUCACUGAAAUCGUAAAUCAGCGGUUGCGAAGGACAGAUGUUAACGGAGAUACGACAUGCCGGUCGGUUUUGAUAGACGCUCGCUCGUCAGGUCGUUUUUCGAAAACACAACGUUUCCGGCCUGUCGUUUUUUCGCCGGAAACGUUACCAAAUUGGAAAGAAUCGUAUGGGCGAUCGUCCUGCUUGGCGCGUUGUGCCUGGUCGUCAUGUUUUCCGUGCAUAUUUUUCGGGACUGGACCGCAGGACCGAUAUUCAUCACCCUCGAACCGUCAAGCAAGCCUAUAGACGAGGUGGAGUUUCCUGGUGUCGCUAUUUGCGAUAUAAACGUGUUGAGCAACAGCAGAGUUACAAGACUGGCCGAGCGACUAAAGCGAUCUUUGAAGCGAGACGUCGCCGAAACGGCCCACCUUCUGCGACAUCUCGGCAAUUUGUACACGUGGAACGUGCAGGGCAUGGCCGAAUUUAACGAGCUCCAGAACGUCCUGGAGGCGAAGAACUUUACGGUUAACGGAGACGCGUCGUCGCUUCUCCUCGGUCUUUCUACUCCCUGUGGGGAGAUGUUGUCGAAUUGCGUCUUCGACGAGCAAGAGUUCGAUUGCGCCACAUUGUUCCAUGCGAGGCUGACCGAUGCCGGUUUCUGUUGCGUGUUCAACAACGUCAGGCCGCUGGAGAGGAUCGAUCUUUACAGAAAGGAGAACGAGAGUGGGGCUCCGAUGACGUCACGACCCCGCAAGUUCGCAGGGUUCGGUCCCGAACAAGGCCUGUCCGUGACGAUCGGUGCCAAUUUGAGCGACUAUUCGUACACAAUCCUCGAGACGCAAGGCUAUUUGCUCAAGAUAUUCUCGCCUCACGAUUACGCGGACGCACUCAGCGGCUCCCUGUCUCAGGUGAUCGUCGCCGCGGGCCAGCAUUCCAUGAUAAAAAUCGACACCGAUAUGUUGAUAAGCGAGCCGCAGAUCAAAUCGCUCCCGCAAAAAAUCAGAAACUGCAAGUAUCCGGACGAAGGUGAAACGAUGUUUGGCAAUUACACUUCCAGCGACUGCUUCGUCAAUUGCAAAAUCAACAGCAUAAUGUCAUUGUGCAAUUGCGUGCCAUUUUUAAUGCCGGUCGAGCCACGCGUCGACGGGCGAGAGAUCAACUUCUGUAACCUGAUAGACGUGCCGUGUUUGAACAAGUACAAAGAAAAGUGGUCGAAAUAUUAUCCGAGCGGUGCGACGGACCGUCUCGAGGAACUCCUGCCAGAGAUGCAAGAGUCGCUGAGUUGCGACUGCGCGUCCAACUGUGACGACACACUAUACUACGUGGACGCGAAUUAUUUCGAUUACCUCACUCCCGACCCGGCGACCAGGGGCGUCUCCAAGGUGACAGUCUUUGCCAACAACGCAUACGCGAACUUGUACAGAAGAGUCGUGACCGUCACUUGGUACGAAGGUCUAAGCAAUUUCGGCGGACUGCUGUCGCUGAUUAUGGGCGUCAGCAUCGUGCACGUCGUCGAGGUCGCCGUCCUCGUCGCCAGACUUGCGAUCCGCGCGUGACGCCGCAAAAUAAAACGUCGGGAAAAAUAUAAACCUCGCUUUAUUUAAAUAAACGUGUCGAAUACAAAGUUUACUUUUUUUUGUGGUGUGGGGGGGGAAGGUAAUUUCGCCACAGGGAGUUUCGGCCCGACGUCGCGCGAAAAAUUAAAAAAGAAACUCACGUCGCUAUUAUACUUAAUAUCACUAGAAAAAUAUCACCAUGCUUACUCGAAAAUAACGUUAAAAAUAUACGGGGUGUUGUGUGAAUAAGCCGUCAAAUUUC